AUGAUUGAUAAUCUUAAUAAACAUAAACUUAUAACAUGGGAUGUUUUGAGUAAUCUUUCAUAUCGUAAUCUUCUACUUCAUGCAGAUUUUUCUUUAUUACAUAAUGCUUUCAACGAACUUAUUACUCGAUCUUUCAUAAGAGCUCGAUAUACAGUUGCAUAUAAAGAUAAAGAAAUUUUAAUCAAUGAUCGAUAUGAUUCUAUAAUUAAAUUAUUGACUCAAUCGAGUAUUUAUGCAGAAUCUCUUCAAUUGAUAGUUAAAAAUCGUCUCUUAGAAUUGAUACGAACAGUUGAUAUAAAUUCUACGCGUUUUGGAAUUAUUAAUUGGCGUUAUGAUUUACUCGCUAAUGGAACAAUCAUUGGUUCAUGUCGUUCAAUUGAUGAUGCUUUGAGAUUGACAAUAUUACUUUAUUAUUGUAAUUAUUUCUUAAUGCCCUUGGUUGAUAUUGAAAAAUCUUCACUAAUAGAUUCAUAUAUGUUUCUUAUGUCGAACACAAAUGCAAAUAUAUAUGAAAAUUUAAAAUGUAUUUUGUUUGAUUGUUUGAAAUUAACAUUUGAAUCUAUGGAACAAACAAUCAUAUGUAUGAAUACAAUUGAAAUUUUACUCAUUUUUGAUCUUCGUCUACCUCGUUCAAAAUUCGAACGUGAGAGUAUUCAUCAAAUAAAUCAAAUGAUUAAAAAACCCGACGAAAAUAUUGAUGGUAAUCUUGCUGAUGAUAAAUUGUUAUGUUUUACUAUGAAAAAACUGCGAAGUACCAGUGUCUAUGGAAAGAAUAUUGAAACUAUACUUAAUAAUUUCGAAUUAUUUGAGCAUUAUUAUCAUGAUCAACUUGCAAUUCUAUUAGAUGAAGUAAGAAUUGAUCAUUUAACUAUUUCAUUUGCACAACGUUUAUUAACAUCAAAUCCAAUGUUAACUAUCGAAGAUAAACUUAAACAUCUUCUUCUGCAUCAGGACGAAUUAAUUGAAUUAUUACAUAUAUUCGAAAUCGGUAUGGAACUUAUUGGCGAAGAUAAAUGGAAUUUUGAUGAGCAAUUGUUUAUUGCAGACAAAACGCAAACGGCAACAAUUAAUAAUUCGAGUAAUCUCUAUAUUCUUGUUCAAAUAGAACAAGAGUUUUAUCAAGUUCCACCACAACAAUCAUUAAAUAAUAUACCUUAUGAAUGUAAUGGUGAUCCAUUUAUAGAAACAUGUUUGAUGAACCUAAUCAAAUUACUCGUUUCUUCAUCAACUAUUCAAUGUAUUGAUAAUAUUGCACAGUUAUCAACUACAUACAGUCUUAUUGUACAAGGUGUAUUCGUUCUCGAUCAUUACUUAAUUAAUAAUCUAGAAAAAUUGCGUUCAUUAGAUAGUCUUGUUCGCUGUAUUAUGAAUCUACUUCCUCAUGAUCGGGCUUUAAUCGUUUUUAAAAAUAUUUGUCUCAAUAAUCAGAGUAAUAUUGUUUUCAACGGUAAUUUUUUGACAUGCGAAAGUAUUCAUACAUUUACAGAUAAUUUGGGUGAAAUAAUUAAAAAUGAAAAUAAAAAUUCAAUUAAUCUAUUGAAUUGUCGACCAAUGCUCAAACUUGAAAUGAAAUUUUUUAAAAAUUGGUUAAUUGAUCAUGGUGAAGAAUAUUGUACUGUUCUUGAAUCAAUUUGUAAAUCUAAUAAGAAUUUAUGGUUUUAUUCAGCUAAAAUAUUCAAAUAUAUUGAUCAAAAGCUUGAUUUAAUGUCAAUAAUAAAUACUAGCCUGACAGAAUUAUCAUUAAUACCUGAACUUGAAUGUGUUGAUCAAUAUUUUCGUCAAUCAAAUGAUAAAACACAACAAAUUGAACGUAUUUUGAUCAAUCGCAUACAUGUAUACCUUAGAAGUUGUAUUACUGAUGAACACAUGAUUGAAAAGUACUUAAUUGAUAAUUAUGAUUACUUUCAAGAGAAUAUUCAUAAUGAUUAA